CCUUCCCCAUCCCCUAGCCCUGGCAUAUCUCUCCCCUUGUCUGGUCGGCAGCAAAAGAGAUUGGGGAGGGGACAUUGCCCUGAUCUGAGGAAGGGGGGCUGUCUCCCCAGGCUCGAGCUGUUGUUGUCCUCCCGCCCUGUGUGGGUGGUGGCUUGGAGUUGGGUGCCCCAUCACGCCGGGCCCGUGAAGUCCAGCUCCUGAGCCGCGCCCAAUUCCCACGUUUAGAGAGCCAUGUCCGAGCCUAGGCUAACCAAAGGCCUGCUAGGGGGCUAGAAAACCCCUUCCAGCCGUCAGAGGUCACCCCGCCCGUGGGCCAGGCCUGUGGCUGCUUUCCGUGGUGGAGCCGCCGCCCAGCUGCUCUCUGUGAACAUUCGGACGAGGAGUCUGUGCAGGCUUCAUUUCCCUCCGGACCAGCGAUACUUGGAGCAGUGAAGUCUCUUCUGGUUUAUCAGGAGGAAGGAAGAUGACGUCAUGAGCGGCCCCGGGAAACGAAUGCAGCCGCCAAAUGGAGAGACUGUGCCUGAGAAGGGAGCCAACACUGGGGACAGGAGGGCCAGGGACUCAGGCUCCUGGCACUGUGACAACACUUGGAUCGUGCGGUGGCUGAAGCAAGAGGUCUACGCAGCUUUUCCUACAGGUGUGGUGUCCCCCAUGUCCCAGCCCCCGACGGGUUCCUGGGCCCAGCGAGCUCUGCUGGCUGGAACCCUGGCUGGACCAGCCCCCAGCCCGGCCCCACCUGAGAAGCCAGGCCCUCCCUCUUCGAGGAUGAGAAACCAAGACUCAGAGAGAGGAAGCUCGCGUUCAAAAAGCUCCCGGGGCCCAGAGACAUUAAGUAGCUCACAUCAGACCCCCAACAGUUUGCGGUCAAACUGGGAUGGAGUCCGGCCUGUUCCCUCCCGGACCCCAGCCUCUGUGCUCAGCUGCCUGACAUCACCCCUGGCCGAGCGUUGGGCUCACCUCAGCUGCUCACUAGAUACGGCGCCCUGUAUGUGGAGGGGACUGAGGCACCAGCACUGCUGCACCAGGGAUCUGGGUUCAAAUCCUGCUCCGACACGGACCAACUCUGUCCCUUUCGGCUCAGGACCUCUGCCUUUCCGUGUUCUUCUGCCGCAAAGUUCCCAGUGUCUGGAUAGUGUUUCUGGAUCUUGGAUGAUGGAUUACCACCCAUAUGGACAGAAAAUCCAGCUCUGCACUCCUCUUUCCUUCCUGCUUCUCUGCCUGGGCUGUAGGAAUCCAGGCCGGGACCAGUGACCCCUUGCUCUUCCCCUUUCUGCCCUGGUAUCUACUGAGCCUUCGAGCAGCCGGUCCUGAGCGGAGCACGCUGGCAGGAUUCCGACGGCCUGUGGUUUCAGCACGGAUGCCCUUCUCCAACUCCGGGAGGUGUGGUUAUCCAUUUUCCAGACAAGUUUGCCCAAGUCCCCGCAGCUUGACAGAGGGCUCUGGGCUCCAUGCCUGGGCACUGCCUGAAGGAUCUGGAAAGGAGGAAGGGAGAGGGAGGAAGGGGGAAAAGAUACCCAGUUCUGCCUGUAAGCAGAAAAUUUGUCAAUCACAUCUCUUGGGUAGUGUCUGCAAAUGCCUUUUAGCAUUACUUGAAGAACAUCGAAUUAUUUGGUGCAAAUAAUAACAGCGGUGCUUCUCUUGGCUUACCUUGUGCCAGGCUUGGCCAGUAAUUCAUGCAACUGAAUCGGUCCUAGGGUCAGGAUUAGAAAAGCUGUCCCUCUUGUCCC